AUGCAUUUCCCCGCCUGGUACAACGCCAACUGCGGUGUGUUGCCAGCAAUCCGCAACUUGAUUGUCUUCAACAAGGUGACCACACUACCCGAAGAGGAGUGGUGGCUCGUCUACAACCGGGGAUACCUCAUGGCGAGAGAUAUGCCCAAGUACAACAAAGCUCAGGUUCCAACCAACACAGCUUCUGAGGCGGAGGUGCCAGUCCCCGGAACUCAUGCACAGGGCGAUGGGCUUGGGUCCGAGUACUAG